AAAGUCCUAAAUUCUCAGAGCUUUUUCACUCUUGAGCAGAGUGAACUGAACUAUGUCUUCUUCCUCCUUGUGGCUCACUUCACUGUUUCUAGUUCUGCUUCUAUCCAUUUAUGGAGUGAGCUCUUCCACAUCCAAGACCAAGACCAGUCCUCCUUCUAAGAUUGGCCAAGGCUACCGUUUACUCGCCGUCGAAGAAACCCCCGACGGUGGUUUAAUCGGUCACCUCCAAGUUAUAACCAAGAACAAUGUCUACGGUCCUGAUAUCCCCCAUUUGCAAAUCUUCGUCAAGCACGAAACAGAGAACCGUCUGAGAGUUCACAUCACCGACGCCGACAAGCAGAGAUGGGAGGUUCCGUACAACCUCUUGCCGAGAGAAAAGCCUCCGGUAUCGAAGAUGACCCUCGGCCGGUCCCAGCAAAACCCUAUUACUGUUUCGGAGUAUUCCGGGUCGGAGCUGAUAUUCAGCUUCGUUGCCGACCCGUUUGGUUUCGCGGUCAGGAGGAAGUCCGACGGUCAGGUCCUCUUCAACACCAGCUCGGAGAAGUCCGACCCGUUUGGGAACUUGGUGUUUAAGGACCAGUAUCUCGAGAUUUCCACUAGGUUGCCCAAAGACGCGUCGCUUUACGGCCUUGGUGAGAACACGCAACCCCACGGUAUUAAGCUGUACCCCAACGAUCCCUACACUCUGUACACGACCGAUGCCUCGGCCAUUAACCUGAACACCGAUCUGUACGGGUCACACCCCGUGUACAUGGAUCUCCGGAACAUCGACGGGAAGGCUUACUCUCACGCCGUUUUGUUGCUCAACAGUAAUGGAAUGGACGUGUUUUACAGGGGAAACUCUUUGACUUACAAGGUCAUUGGAGGUGUUUUCGAUUUUUAUUUCUUUUCUGGGCCGUCUCCUCUCGACGUCGUUGAUCAGUACACGUCGUUUAUCGGUCGUCCGGCGCCCAUGCCUUACUGGUCUCUCGGAUUUCACCAAUGUAGAUGGGGAUACCACAAUCUAUCAGUAGUUGAAGAUGUCGUUGAGAGCUACAAAAAGGCUCAAAUUCCACUCGACGUGAUUUGGAACGACGACGAUCACAUGGAUGGACACAAGGAUUUCACCCUCAACCCCAACAACUACCCUCGUCCCAAGCUCUUGGCUUUCCUAGACAAAAUACACAGCAUUGGCAUGAAGUACAUUGUAAUUAUUGAUCCCGGAAUCGCUGUUAACGAGAGUUACGGCGUAUACCAACGUGGCCUUGCCAACGACGUGUUCAUUAAGUACGACAAUGAGCCUUAUCUGGCUCAAGUUUGGCCUGGUGCCGUCAACUUUCCUGACUUCCUUAACCCGAAAACUGUCUCAUGGUGGGGCGACGAGGUCCGUCGCUUCCAUGAACUCGUCCCAGUAGAUGGCCUGUGGAUUGACAUGAACGAAGCCUCGAAUUUUUGCUCGGGAAAAUGCAAAAUGCCAAAGGGUCAGUGCCCGACAGGGACAGGCCCUGGCUGGAUAUGUUGCUUGGAGUGCAAGAACAUAACAAGCACGAGAUGGGACGAUCCGCCGUAUAAGAUCAACGCCUCGGGUACACAGGUUCCAAUCGGAUUCAAAACCAUUGCAACCAGUGCAGUUCACUACAAUGGGGUUUUGGAAUACGACGCUCAUAGUCUCUAUGGUUUCUCUCAGUCUGUUGCUACUCAUUCAGCUCUUCAGGGACUCCAAGGAAAGAGACCCUUUAUAUUGUCACGCUCAACCUAUGUUGGUUCAGGGAAAUAUGCUGCCCAUUGGACUGGAGAUAACCAGGGGACCUGGGAAAACUUGAGGUACUCGAUAUCAACCAUGCUCAACUUUGGAAUCUUUGGGGUUCCGAUGGUUGGGGCUGAUAUUUGCGGGUUUUACCCACAACCAACUGAGGAGCUCUGCAACCGUUGGAUUGAGGUUGGAGCUUUCUACCCUUUCUCAAGGGACCAUGCUAAUUACUACUCCCCAAGACAAGAGCUUUACCAAUGGGACUCGGUAGCUCAGUCUGCAAGAAACGCUUUGGGAAUGAGAUAUAGGCUUCUUCCUUACCUUUACACAUUGACCUACGAAGCUCACACCAGCGGUGCCCCUAUUGCGAGACCACUUUUCUUCUCUUUCCCAACAUACACCGAGUGUUAUGGAUUGAGUACUCAGUUCUUGCUCGGAAGUGGUCUAAUGGUAUCACCAGUCUUAGAACAGGGGAAGUCAAAGGUCAAAGCUUUGUUUCCUCCUGGCUCAUGGUACAGCUUAUUCGAUAUGACUCAGGCCAUUGUAUCCAAAGAUGGAAGUUACGUUACUCUCGAUGCACCUCUGCAUGUAGUUAACGUUCAUUUGUAUCAGAACACCAUUCUACCAAUGCAGCAGGGUGGAAUGAUAUCAAAGGAAGCUAGAAAAACACCUUUCACACUUGUGGUAACUUUCCCAGCUGGGGACAGCGAGGGAAAAGCCGAGGGAAAACUCUUCCUCGAUGAGGAUGAGCUUCCAGAGAUGAAGCUUGGGAAUGGUCAAUCUAGUUACAUUGACUUCUACGCUACUGUGAGCAAGGGGAAUGUUAAAGUUUGGUCACAGGUUCAAGAGGGUAAGUUUGCUUUGGAUCAUGGUUGGAUUGUAGGGAAGGUAACUGUGUUAGGAUUAGGCGGUGGUGGCGCGUCUUCGGUUGAGAUCGAUGGAAAGCCUGUGGCCGCCGGUUCUUCUGGCGUGGAGGUGACUUUAUCAGACCAAGUUCAUGUCCAAGGCGAGGGCGAAGAUGGAGAAGGGAAGAGCCAGAGUGUGAUGGUGGAGGUUAAAGGGUUGUCAUUGCUUGUGGGGAAAAACUUUGCCAUGUCAUGGAAAAUGGGCAUCUCAAGUUAAGUAGAGGAGAUUUGCCUUUGAUUUGUCAUCUUUUCGGAUUUAUUGAUGUCUUUUUUGUUUUCAUCUUCAUGUGGUUGUUGUGAAAUUAAUGUAAUGUUAUUGGUGGAGAGGAGAUGUUCCAAAAGCAUGUUCAUCCUUUUCCAAUCAAACUAGUUAAGGAGGGAGAUUUAAUUAGUUUUUCUUUGUUGCUCAUUUGUAGUGUACCUCAAUUAUGAAAUAAUGCACUUUUCAAGUCUUAGAUGAUAACAUUGGAAGAA